GGGCGUGACUGCGAACUCUCCCGCCGCCGCCACCGCAAGAAGAGAAGUCCGAGGCGGCUUCCUUCUCCCUGCCCUGAGGGGGUGGCAGGCAGAGGUAGACAGCACCCCAGUUCUCCCCACGUCGUCCGCACUUGUGGCUGCGGGGAGCCCGCAUUCACUCGCCCCAGCUCGGCCAGAAACGAGCUCCCCUCGGACCAGGUCUCCUGCCCCUCCCAAGGACCAUGCUGAAGCCCUGCUGACACAGGAGUAGGGGCCUGAGGGCAGGGUGCCUGGCAUGGGCUGUGUGUUCUGCAAGAAGUUGGAGCCAGGGCCCAAGGAGGAUGUUGACCUGGAAGAGAAAUUCAGGAGCCAUGGGGCUGCAGACCGCUACGGCCCUGACCCCACUCGGUCCUGGCCUGCAUCCUCCUUUGCCCAGAUCCCCAACUACAACAACUUCUCCGCUCAGCCCGCCAGCCCCGCCUUCCUCGAUGCUGGCACUAUCAGGGGCAUCACAGGGACUGGGGUGACCUUGUUCAUCGCCCUGUAUGACUAUGAGGCCCGGACAGAGGAUGACCUUACCUUCACCAAGGGCGAGAAGUUCCACAUCCUGAACAAUACUGAAGGUGACUGGUGGGAAGCUCGGUCCCUCAGCUCUGGACAAACUGGCUAUGUUCCCAGCAACUACGUGGCCCCUGUGGACUCCAUCCAAGCUGAAGAGUGGUACUUUGGAAAGAUCGGGAGGAAGGAUGCAGAGAGGCAGCUGCUCUCACCAGGCAACCCCCAGGGUGCCUUCCUCAUCCGGGAGAGUGAGACCACCAAAGGUGCCUACUCCCUGUCCAUCCGUGAUUGGGACCAGACAAGAGGCGAUCAUGUAAAGCAUUACAAGAUCCGUAAGCUGGACACGGGUGGCUUCUACAUCACCACACGGGCCCAAUUCGAUUCGGUGCAGGAGCUGGUGCAGCACUACAUGGAGGUGAAUGAUGGGCUGUGCUACCUGCUCACCGCUGCCUGCACCACCAUGAAGCCGCAGACACUGGGCCUGGCCAAGGAUGCCUGGGAGAUCAGCCGCAGUUCCAUCGCUUUGGAGCGCCGGCUGGGCACUGGCUGCUUCGGGGAUGUGUGGCUGGGCACCUGGAAUGGCACCACGAAGGUGGCAGUGAAAACCCUGAAACCGGGCACCAUGUCCCCAACGGCCUUCCUGGAGGAGGCGCAGAUCAUGAAGCUGCUGCGUCACGACAAGCUGGUGCAGCUGUACGCAGUGGUGUCGGAGGAGCCCAUUUACAUCGUGACCGAAUUCAUGUGCCACGGUAGCUUGCUGGAGUUCCUUAAGAACCGGGAGGGCCAGGAAUUGAGGCUGCCCCAGUUGGUGGACAUGGCAUCCCAGGUAGCUUCGGGCAUGGCCUACAUGGAGCGCAUGAAUUACAUCCACCGAGACCUGAGGGCUGCCAACAUCCUGGUGGGGGAGCAGCUGGUGUGCAAGGUCGCUGACUUCGGACUGGCCCGCCUCAUCACGGAUGAUGAGUACAACCCUCAGCAAGGGACCAAGUUCCCCAUCAAGUGGACAGCCCCAGAGGCCGCUCUCUUUGGCAGAUUCACCAUCAAGUCUGAUGUGUGGUCUUUUGGAAUCCUGCUCACUGAAAUCAUCACCAAAGGCCGAGUCCCGUACCCAGGCAUGAUUAACCGGGAAGUGCUGGAACAGGUGGAACGUGGCUACCACAUGCCAUGUCCGCCAGGCUGUCCAGCAUCCCUGUAUGAGGCCAUGGAACAGACCUGGCGGCUGGACCCAGAGGAAAGACCCACCUUUGAGUUUCUGCAGUCCUUCCUGGAAGACUACUUUACCUCCUCAGAGCCACAGUACCAGCCUGGGGAAGACACAUAGCUCAAACAGCCAUCAGCCACCUCUCGGGGGUGCCCACCAGCCUUUGCCAGUCCCCAGGACUCUGAUACCAAAGUCCCCAGGUAUAGAACAUGUCAGAGAAGACUGAGUUCUCUGAGCCCAGCUAGGGCAACCCACUCAUUUUACACAUGGAGGAAAUGGAAGCUUAUAGGGCCUCUCUCAUCCACUCUGCCCCUAAGCAUGGCUCGCUUCUCCUCUUCUCGCCUCAGGCCCUCCAUCCCUCUAGCCUCUUUCUCCCUGCUUCCCCCAAAUGCUUAUACCAUGUCUAGUUAUUUAUGAAACUGUAUAGCCUUCCUUCACCUAUCUCGCUGCAUUCCUGCCCUCCUGGCAUCCUACUGUGGUCCAGGACACAAGAACUUACCUCUGACUUUCAGUUCUCUGUGUCUGUAAGUUACAAAGAUGGGCAGUCUUUGCUGGACUCCUUUCCCGCUAGCUGGAAGCUGUGGUCGGGGCCCAGGUUUGGGUGCAGCACCUUCCUGAAUAGUGGUGUGUGUGUGUGUUUAUUGAUUAUGUAAAUAAGGAAAAUAACAAUAUAAAUCCUUGAACCAGAAAAA